AUGGCGGUGGGGAAAGUCGAGGCCAUGUGGGCCGGUGAGUGGAGGCCCAAGGCAGGCGGUCCGCUGACGUCGCCCUUCGGCCACACCCCUCGGGGAGACCAGACUGGGCCUCGGUGUGAGCCAAACCGGAGCUCAGACCCACUGUCACUCAGGACUGCUCCUCCUCCCACAGUGACCCCGCCGCCGGGGACUCUCCCAACUUAUUCCAGUGCCCCGUUUCCCCUCCUUCUUUUCCCUUUUACAAAUCCAUCACUGUCCCCAACUGCUCUCACAUUUCUGCACCGACUAUUCAGUGACAUUCUCCAUUGCACAUCUCCUCUUCCCAUCAUGAGUUCCUUCCUCCCACUAUUUCCCCUCAUCCACACUUUUUGCUCUGCUCCCUUUCCCUCCCCAUAUUCUAGGAGUGAUGUCAGAAUCAAUCUUUUCUUUUUGUUAACUGGCACUGCCAUGAAGAAGGAAUUGUAUCGAACCUACUCAAAGGGUAUCAUCUUUCUGAGUGCUUCUGUACACUCCUUGACGAGACGGUUACUGGGAUAUGAUCUAGACUCAACCAUGGUAAGAGGAAUGCUAAUUGGAGUUAUCAUAGGGCUGGUUUUCAGCUGCAUUUGCAUCAUCUUUAUUUACAAGAAGAUUAAGAGGUUUCGACGUCGGCCUUCAUUAUCUUCUCAGUAUAGGUUCCGUAAAAGAGACAAAAUGAUGUUUUAUGGCCGAAGGUUAAUGAGGAAGGUGAGUAUCCUGCCAAACAAUCUUGGUGGGAACAAUACUGUGCCCCGGCAGAGAUACAAGAAAAGAGCCAAGGUUCUGCUUUUGGCUAAAAGGAUCCUGCAGUUCAAGAAGGAAUAUCCUACCUUGGAACCAAAGGAGCCCCCACCCUCCUUGCUAGAAGCUGAUCUCACUGAGUUUGAUGUUAAAAAUUCUAACCUACCAUCUGAGGUCCUCUAUAUGCUGAAAAAUGUCCGGGUCCUGGGUCACUUUGAGAAACCACUGUUCCUGGAACUCUGCAAACACAUGGUUUUUGUGCCAUUACCUGAAGGACAGUACGUCUUCCGUCCUGGAGAACUUGACAACAGUAUUUAUGUGGUACAGGAUGGGAAACUGGAAGUUUGCACUCAGGAAAAUGAUGGUAGUGAGUUGGUGUUGAAAGAAGUCCUGCCUGGAGACAGUGUCCACAGCCUCAUCAGCAUCCUGGAUUUCAUCAGCGGAUACUUAAAGCCUUUUAAAACAGUCUUUGCCAAGGCAGCGGUACCAUCUACUGUUUUAAGGCUUCCAGCUAAUGCUUUUCAAGAUGUAUUUGAGAAAUAUCCUGAAACCUUGGUGAGAGUAGUACAGAUCAUAAUGGUGCGGUUGCAGAGGGUGACCUUUUUGGCUCUACACAAUUACCUGGGGCUUACCACUGAACUCUUCAACCCUGAAAGUCAGGCUAUCCCUUUGGUGUCGGUGGCUGGUGUAAUAGCUGGCAAAAACAAGAGGCAGAUGUCUAUUUCAGGAACAGAGGAAGAACGGAAAGAGAAGCUCCAGGAAACCUCAGAAUCAGAUCAUAAGAGGGGAAGCAAGUUAGAGACCAGUACGCUUCUUGUGAAGCGGAGCUUCUCCAGCCCCCUGCCUUCAAUGCAUGGAGAGAGUUUUGAUGAACUAGGAAAAUUCCAAGGAAUUGGCCCUGACACACUGAUGCCUCAAGGCAGUUCCGCUGUUGCUAAAUCAGAUCUGGAAAUGGCAUAUGACAGGGCCAGAGUUAGUAUCUCGGAAGAACCUCCCUUGCUUAGGGAGAAAAGCUCUUUUAAGGGAAAGAAACCAAUAGUAUUGUCAGAAAUCCCUACCAUCCGUUACACAGAAAAUAUGAGUGAGGAAACUGGCACCAAUUGGAAGAUGGAUGCUCUCUUGAGAGCAGCCAAGAAGGAUCUUCUCACCCUGAUGAAACUGGAUGAUCCUACUCUUUUGGAUGAUAGAGUGAGCUUUCUUCAUGCAUCUGCAGGUACCUUGGUGUCAAAACAAGGAGACCAGGAUGUCAACCUCCGGUUUGUGAUCACUGGGAUGCUACAUGCAUAUCAGCGGAAUAUUGACAGUGAGAAAGAAACAUGCCUAUUUAUCAUCCACCCCGGAGAGCUAGUAGGCCAAUUGGCUGUUCUCACAGGGGAACCACUUACCUUUACCAUCAAGGCCAACAAAGAGUGUUACUUCCUCUCUAUCUCCAAGUUUGAUUUCUAUGAGAUUAUGCGGCAGCAACCAAAUGUUGUCCUGACUGUUGCUCACACAUUUGUGAAGAGGAUGUCUUCAUUUGUGAGGCAGAUAGACUUUGCCCUGGACUGGAUGGAGGUAGAAGCUGGACGUGCAAUUUACAGGCAAAGUGAUAAAUCUGACUGCACAUAUAUUGUACUCAGUGGCCGUCUGCGCUCUGUGAUCAAGAACGAUGAUGGGAAAAAACGUCUGGCUGCUGAAUAUGGACGAGGAGAUCUCAUUGGUGUGGUGGAGACACUAACCUACCAAUCCAGAGCUACAACAGUACAUGCUAUCCGUGAUUCAGAAUUGGCUAAGUUACCAGCAGGAGCACUGAAUUUCAUCAAGCGCAGAUAUCCACAGGUUGUGACUAGGUUGAUCCAUUUGCUUGGGCAGAAGAUCCUUGGCAAUCUUCAGCAGGUUGGUGUAUCAGGUCACCAGCGUGGAAUACAUUUCUCAAGCAGCAAGUGGGAUUCUGGGAAUCCAGCCUCCAACCUUUCAACAGUGACUAUUAUGCCAGUAUCAGAUGAUGUGCCUCUCCUUACAUUUACAUUGGAACUCGAGCAUGCCCUCCAUGAUAUUGGACAAACUCUCCUACAAAAUAGUGACAUGACCAGAUCUUUGCUUAAUGCAGUAAGCAUUAACAAGGUCUUGCUUUCUGUAUCUUCCAGUGUUCAUGAAUAUAGAUUGUCCAGUUGGCUGGGACAGCAGGAAGACAUCCACCGCAUUGUUCUCUACCAGGCAGACAGCAACUUGACCCCAUGGACCCAGCGCUGUUUUCGGCAAGCAGACUGUAUCCUGAUUGUGGGGAUGGGAGAUCAAGAGCCCUCGGUGGGCGAGCUGGAAAAGAUGCUGGAGAACACAGCUGUUCGUGCUCAGAAGCAAUUGGUUCUGCUUCACAAGGAGGAUGGGCCAGAGCCUGCCCGUACAGUUGAGUGGCUUAACAUGAGAAGCUGGUGUUCAGGCCACUUGCACCUUCGCUGUCCCCACCGGGUCUUUUCUCGAAAGUCCCCAGAAAAGCUGAUGGAAAUGUAUGAACGUGUCUUCCAGAAGCCUCCUGACAUACACUCUGACUUUUCCCGCCUAGCUCGAGUUUUGACUGGCAAUGCUAUUGCAUUAGUGCUUGGAGGAGGAGGAGCAAGAGGUUGCUCCCAAGUUGGGCUCAUCCGGUCCCUCGUGGAGAUAGGCAUUCCUGUGGAUAUGGUAGGAGGAACUUCAAUUGGGUCCUUCAUGGGGGCUCUGUUUGCUGAGGAGCGAAACUACAGCCGGACAAGAAUCCGAGCCAAGCAGUGGGCCAUUGAGAUGACUUCAGUGGUGAAGACAGUGCUUGAUCUGACUUACCCAAUCACUUCUAUGUUCUCUGGAGCAGCUUUCAAUAAUGGCAUUAGAAAAGUCUUCAAAGACAAACAAAUCGAGGAUCUCUGGAUUCCCUAUUUUGUUAUCACAACAGAUAUCUCUGCCUCUGCAAUGAGGGUCCACACAGAUGGCUCCCUGUGGAGGUAUGUCCGAGCCAGUAUGACUCUGUCUGGUUAUAUGCCCCCACUCUGUGACCCCAAAGAUGGACAUCUACUGAUGGAUGGUGGCUAUAUCAACAACCUCCCAGCUGAUGUGGCCAAAUCUAUGGGUGCCAAGGUGGUGGUUGCCAUUGACGUGGGCAGCAGGGACGAAACGGACCUCACCAACUACGGCGACUCACUGUCUGGCUGGUGGCUGCUGUGGAAACGUUGGAAUCCCCUGGCUACAAAAGUGAAGGUGCUGAAUAUGGCAGAGAUCCAGUCACGCUUGGCCUAUGUGAGCUGUGUCAGGCAGCUGGAGAUGGUGAUGAAGAGUGAUUACUGUGAAUAUAUCCGACCACCCAUUGACAAUUAUGGUACCCUGGACUUUGGCAAAUUUGAUGAAAUCUGUGAGGUGGGUUACCAGUAUGGACAGACUGUGUUUGACAUCUGGGCCAACAAUGGUGUGCUAGAGAAGAUGAUGAGUGAUGUUCAGGAAAUCCGCAAAAUGAACACUGGAGAGGUAUUCACCUACUCCAAUGCCUCCUUCACUGACCUGGCAGAGAUUGUGUCCCGUAUUGAACCAAGCAGAUCCUUAAUGACGAAUGAUGAUGAAUCUGACCAUGAUGAUGCUGACCGUGAUGAUGAAUAUGAAGAGGCAAGCUUAGACUUCCCUAAGGAUGAACAAGAACAAGAAGAUACAGGAGCUUUUGAAGAUCCCUUCUCAGAAGAAGAAAUCAAAAAAGAAAAAAAACACUCUUCCAUGAUUAGCUCCCUUUCAGAAGCGGAAGGGCUCAAAAGAGAGAAAAAACACUCUUCCAUACUCAGCUCUCAAACUGCCGGUUCAGAAAUGACAAAACAGCCUUCGGUGAUCAGCUCCCAUUCUGCCCUUUCAGAAGCAUCAAAACAGCCUUCCGUGACCAGCUCCCCAUCUGUCCAUUCAGAAGCAUCAAAACAGUCUUCUGUGACCAGCUCCCCAUCUGCCCAUUCAGAAGCGGAUUCCUAAAAGCCCUAUUUCUCUACAAGGGGCCAUGAGGCUUCUCUAAUGGAGGCUGAGACCUUGAUAUUUGGUGCUGCUGGAAUGAAGCCUUUCACUUCUCCUGAAGCCAUCUUGGGUAUCUGUGGGAGGGAUGGAUACAUUUGCCUUCUUCCUUUCUACCACCCAGUCAAAUCACUGACCAGCCAUGUGAUUCUAUCUCCCAGAGUUGGGGAUGGGGUGGGGAAUGGGGGGAGUGUGAGGAAGGGUAUUUACUGUGGUUUGAGAGUAAGAGGGAAGCUGAAAAGAGGAGAUCCAUGAGUUACUGUGGUUUUGUACAGUUCAGACUGCCCUUGAAGUGCUUCAUUGAUCCUAUUAAAGAAGCUACCUGUGCACAUUGGCCCUGAGGAGAAACCUUUGGAAAUCUUGGAGUCUAGGAGUAGGCUGGAUUUUAAGCAAUUCCCUGGCUUUAGUAUUCAGGCCACUUGGGCAGAAAAGUCCCUGGUGAAAGAGUAGAGGAGAUUCUUGGGCAUGUUGAUAACUUCCAUCAAAGGUUUUCCUCUAGGAGAGCCUUUAGGUGGAAUGACUGCCCUCAAGUGCCUGUUCUGGUUUGGGUCACCCACCCAGUGCCAUACUCUUCCUUAGCUAAGCCAGGAUGAGGCUCAGGCCCCUUGUGAGAGAGAGCUGAGCCAUUUGAAACUUAUUCUAUCCUCCCAUCCUGAUCCUUUCCUCCUGGGGUCAGAAUAAGGUAUAUGUACUGUGACCAAGCCAAAUUCCCCUCUUCUCCCUUCUAGAAUUUAGCACCCAAGCUAUGUAUUUUGUUUUCAUGUCCUUGGCUAACCACGAAAGAACAGCCCAAAAGAGUGAGACAAAGGACCAGGGCUGGGCCCUGAAAAUCAGCCUUUCAUUCAAGAAGCAGCUGAGACUACCCCCAAUCCUAAGGCCCAGGACAGGCCUUUGAGAAACAUAGGAAGUUGGAAGAUGCUGCCAGAAUGAGGAAUUCUACUUCAUGCUCACUUCGCAAGAUCCUAGCUCCCAACCCUCCAACCUGUGGCCUCUGAAGUUUCUGGGAAAGAGAUUCCUUCUGUCUUGGCUCAAUAUGAGAAGCAACUGCUUUCCUUUCAUGGAUAGACAAGUUGAGGUUGGAGAUAGGGAAAUGUAGAAAACUGAAAAGGCAACAUACAAUUUAGUUUAUUAAUAAAUAUAUAUACAUACAUAUGUAUAGAUACACAAACAUAUUCACUGGUGGUUCUUUCCUUCAUUGGACACACCAUGGUACAAGUCUGGGAUGAAUGGAUUGUUCCUUUUCCCCUAGUUCAUCCAGGGGUAGAACCUCUCCCCAAGUGCCCAGAGAAUUCCAAGAAUAGAGAUGCUUCUGACCCACUGUCCCCAGGAGGGUGCCUGGGCCCAAAUCCAUCCCUAAUGAUUGUUGCUAUUAACAUAUGAUGACCUGAAUGUGAUCUUCACUCCCCCACCUUUUAUUUUAGGGAUGGGGGGAUGAGGGCAUAGAAAAUAACUAUAGCCAAGGAGCAGAGGCUGCUUGUCAUUUUCUCAGCCCGUGCAUACUAUAGCUGCAGCCAACUUGGGGCACAGAGAAGCAGUCGCAAAAGGCCUUGGGGGAGGGGAGAGAGGAAGAGAAUGACUCCCUGGACCUCCCACAAAACCAAAAACUAGGUUUGAUUCCUGUUCAAACAGGCUUACUUCCUUUACCACCAAUUCUUGUCCCCAAUUCUGUGAUCUAAAGCUGCUGGAGUGGGAGAGGCAAGGAGUAAUAUAUAACUAGUCAUGGAUUCCCAUUUCUACACACACACACAGGUACAUGUACACACGUUAUGAUGCCCUGAGACAAGAGUGUUUAUACUCCUUCCCCCAGGCUUCUAGUCUUUGUUCUGAGUUCCUUUCUCUCUAUACUUUCCCCCUUUCCCAAAGGGCAGAAGCUGCCAAUUGUACUAAAUUAUAUGCACAGUGAGGCAUUCUGAAAUUGGCUCAUCUUCCACUCAACACACCCCAGAACCAGACCAGUGCAAUCCUUCAACACUCCUUUUCCUCAGCUCAAUACAGGUAUAUCUUGGCUUCCCACAAUUCAAAGAUCCCCUUAAGAGACGUCAAACACAAGGUCCCCUUACCCCCAAUGUAGGCCAAAUCAGAUUAAACUAUAAUUGGGAAAUAUUUGACAAAGAAAAAAAAGCAUAGAUAAUAUUACAUUCAUCUUUAAGUCAAAAUGUGGUCCACAGGGAUCCUUGUAUGUGGAUUAGAGGCUAGAGGCCCCAUUUCUAUUUGAGUUUGACACCAUCGAUU